AUGAACAUCGUCUCUCGUACCACCACCACCAGCAAUAACCACAACAACAACAACCAGGCUUGUGCUGCUUGUAAGUACCAACGUAAGAAAUGCGCUUCUGACUGUAUUCUCGCACCUUAUUUCCCUCACGAUCGCCAACGUCAAUUCCAAAACGCCCAUAAAUUGUUUGGUGUCAAGAAGAUCACCAAGAUCAUCAAACACCUCGACCCCCUCGAUAAGGACCAAGCCAUGCGAACCAUCAUUUAUCAAUCCGACAUGCGAGCCAACGACCCCGUCGGAGGUUGUUACAGAUACAUUCUAGAACUUCAAGCUCAGAUCAAAUACCACCAGGCUGAGCUCGAGCUCGUUCUUCAACAGCUCGCUGUUUUUCGAUCUCAAGCUCACCUUCAUCAUCAUCAUCAUCAUCAUCAUCAUUUGAAUCCGUAUAAUAAUAACCCUAUUGCACCAUUACUACCUCCGACUCAUCAUUAUCAAUAUCUUCAACAGUUGCCACGGCAAGAUCAGACGUACAUGAUAGUCGAGCAGGAACAUGAGAAUAAUAAUGAUGUUACUUUGCAGGACGAAGUUAGUGGUUGGCCUGUGCAGGAUUCGGUGUCGUUGUCGUCUUUAUCGAUACAGAACAAGAAUAAUGGAGACGACGUAAGUGGUGGUUAUGUGGGUGAUGAAUUAUAUAAUGAUCAUAAGUCUUCGUCUUCGUCUUUGCUUGACAUUCAUUGUGAUGAUGAAAGGAAUGAAAUCGGUUUUGAUGAACCUCAAGAAUUUGUGGAUCGCAGUGAUGAAGGGGUUUUGUUUAAGAUAGAGAAUGCAGUAUUAAAAGCAGAGGCGGAUUGCAUUCAACAAAAUCAAGAUCAUGAUCUCAAAGAAAAAUUGGAUAUGGUUCUGGACCGGGAAAUAAUCGGCCAACAGGAAACAAAUACUUUUAUCGAAUCAGAAUAGUUCUCUCCAGAAAACUACAAGAUGGUGGAUGAUGACAAAGAGAUUUCUUCAUGAGUCUCUUUCUUAUAAGCUUUUUAGCUCUUGACUUCAAAUGUAAUCCGAAAAAAAAAAAAGGGUUCCUUUUCCUAUUUUCUC